AGGCUGGAGCGCGAGCGUAAGAGAAGCGACACGUACAUGUGAGCGACACAGCCACGUCCAUCAGGGAUAGUGACGACGUGAGACUUAACGGCAACAGCGAUGGCGACACCAGCGCAUGCACAUAACACUGAUGACGACAAGGGUCGCGGCAGGUCAGGCUAAAAGGGCGGAGAAGAACUGAAAGCACAUCGUACGAGCGGCAUGGAGCUUCGAAGUCACAGCUCGGCGGGAGGGAGGAAGAGUUCCUGGGUGCUUUGGCUGGAUUGUUCCGUGGAGCCUUUGUGAUGGCUGCGAGUGGUGAUUCUCAUGCCUUUUCGCUCACUUGCGGGGGUUCACAAGAUUGACCGAUUGCAUGCGAGGGGGCGCCACAAUUUGCUUUGGCUGGCGAAGGCGUUCCUUUAUGUGCGCCAUGCGCCGUGCCUCAGCAACAUUCCUGACUUUUACGGGCAGCGCCAAGUUGACUACUUUGACAUGAGUGGACGGAUGCGCGCGUAACGCAGCAUCAGCAUUUUGCGAGAUUCUAAUUUUGAGUAGUCUAGAGGAUUGCGAUUAGGGAAGAGUCAGAUGGGGUUACAAGUAUCACGUGCGCAACUACACACCCAUACACGCCAAGUACUUGCACACGACUCCGCAUGGGGUGGGGGGCCUGCAACAUUACCGUACCUGCGCGCAUCGGGUCGAAGCUGCUGAGGGGCAGGGUCGGUCGCGGGACACGUUGUCCGAACCGGUCCUGAUGCCCGAACAGCUGAUGGCAGGGCCGCACGGCUUCACGGCACACGGCUUACAUGUCCCCAUACCAAAGCCGCGGAGCUCCGAAGAGUACGCUGCCAGGGGUUAUAAGUACUGAUGGCGAGAGCUUCCUCGCAUUUGUUCGUGUAUCCCUCCGCACAAUCUACAAGUGUGAAUGGUUUCUAGCGGCUGGCCUGCGCCAGCCGGGUUCGUGUGCUUUAUGUUGCUGCUGUUCACGGUUCUAGUACCUGAAGUUGCGUGCUGGUGCUGCUUGCACUGCACACGGUCACGAAGGACCGCACCAGAGCAUGUGCGCGCUGGUUUUCCGAGGCUGCGGCUGGGGCCAUUCCCCCGCGGCCCGGGGCCGGCGGCACACGUGUUUGGUGGACGUGCUGGUACAUACUCGUCUGCGCGUUCUAGGAACACUGUGUGUGCAUGAGACUCCGUAGCAGACAAGGUAACACGAGGCUUGUCUGCGCGUGCUGAGAGAAGGCGCAACAGCCAACCAGCGCUUACACGCAGGAGACGGAUGGGGGUGACUGUUGCGCUCGCCAGCGCUUGUCGCGGCGGAGCGCGGGGGGAAUGACGACGUGAACGUGCGUGUACUUACCGCAGUUGUACAUUUCUGUUUUGUGUCGUGUGUGCGACCUGAUCCUUCCUCUAUUGCGAGUGUGUCUAUGUGCGAACAGCUCUAGGCGGCGGCGGGUGCAGCGAUGCGCUGCCCCUGUUGGGCCGACAGUGCCACGGCCCAUUGCAGUCUACGCCUGAGAAGCAAGCGGGCGGUACCGUAUUGUCGGUUGUGGACUUCACCAAUGAAUGGUUGGGCGCUGGCUGUGGCGGCGAAGACAAGACAUAGGGGGUGCUGUGCCCGCAAGGUGGCAAAUACGGCACUAAGCCACAGCCCACGUGGGUGUGGUGGGCUGGCAUAGGGUUCUGCGUACGGCUCUGGUUUAACAGUUAUACCGCUAUCGCUAUGAGACCGCUUCACUGAAGUGAGUGCGGACACUUGCGGUUGUUAGCUGCGGCUUCGCUGUAGCUGCUAAUGAGCGUUUGGUUUUGAAGGGAGGCACGCAUGUGUUGCCUGUCGCUCCUCCGUACUCGCCAAGCGCCACCGUGGGCGCGGCCGGUUGCACCGUCCUGACCUAGUGCAUCCCUGAAGUGCACUCGGCGGCCGGGUGACAUUGAUGCACGGAAGACGCUGGCUCGUGGCGCACCAUUGCUUUGCUUAGCAGCAUGCGUUGGAUGCAUCCAUAAAAUGCACGUUUGAUGCCACGCCCUUUACUGCUUCUGGUGAUGCGGUCAUGUCGGGCGUGUGAUGGCUAGCACUACAAUGGAACAAUGGGCACUGAUUGCGCCGCUGGCAAAUAGUGGCAAGCUGGUGUAUGAUCCUGUUGGGGCCGCCUUACGAGCCGCGUGAUGGUCUGGAGCGGCGUAGUAAGACGAUUGCACUCCCAUGAGAGGAGACGGUGCAAGGGCCGCAGGGGACGCCGCAGCUUUCCGAAGCCCUUUCGGCUUUCUCGCACUCUCACGUUUUUGCCAUUUCCCGUUGCGGCGGCGAGGCGGGGCAGGGGCUGUGCCUUACCUGAGAAGAAGGAUGCCGGUUCGAGGGCUGCCCCGAGCGAUUGGCGCCCACGCCUCAGUGUGCAAUCCAGGCGUGCGGAGUCUGGGAGCCCAGGGCGCGGCGGCUGGCUGUUUUAUGCCUUUAGUGUUAAACGGUGACGGCGGUUGUGUGGCGGUGGUCGCAAGGCGGGCACACCUGAAUGCAGGUGAUGGGGCUUGCGAGUAUUGCCCGGCUGGACCUGGGAGCCUGUACGUUGCGGCCGCCUGAAGACGGCAGUAGCAAAGUGCCAGUAACGUUUGUUUUGGUGGCACCUGUGGUCGGUCCUUCUGUACGUGAAUGGUGUUUUGGUGUGUUCUUUGCUUGGUGGCUUGGAGGAUGCAUGCCAGGCCUGGUAGGGAUUGUUGGUUCGUUGCAUCCAUGUCGUUUCAUAUGUGUGUAAGGUUUGGGGUGUGUGUGUGUGUGUGUGUGUGUGUGAAGACGAACGGCACUACUACUUUGCUGGCGCAUCAGCAACAAGUGUCUGCUGCCCCGCCUGAGGUGGGGCGCCUGUGGACGUUGUGCGCGAACACAUGGCGUGUUCGCAGGGCCACCUGUGCAAGCAAGGGCGCUGUCGUACUGCGCACGUAGCGAACAGAAGGUUAACCGCCAGGCCGAGACGGUGUGGGGGCCAUUGAGUGGCGGUGGGUGGCUGAGUAUUACAGUACAAAUUACUUAAUAUUGGCAUACUUUGCUACACGCAAAGGUUUUUGAGGGUUUCAGUCCAUGGAAACGGACGCGCCACGCAUGCAAAAACAAGGCGUAGCAGGAGCAGUAGCGGUGUGCGCCAGUUGGUGCGCCUGCUCUGAGGCAUGUGCGUACUUGUCCCAAGAAGCACGUACGGUACGGUCUGAUGCGUACCUGCCGAUGUUGGAGCGAGCACCUCCGUUGAGGGUGAGGUGAGGCUGGUGCUUUCUUUGUGCGGUGCACGCUAAGUGGUGCAUGCUUAGAGGAUAGGCGGCUAUUGCAGAGAAUGCGGUGUUGGAUUUAUGUUACAAUAUGCUGUUGUAUUGGACUUGAAGCCUGCGGGUGGUGCUAUAACGGCGGAAGAAGAAGGGGCGAGCAGAGCACGCGGCUGCAAAUUGCUGACUCGGCAACAAUUCAUCCGGAGAUCUGAAGAAGAGCCUAUCGUACGUGACGACGUCGGAUACCUGUUGUCGGCUGCUGAGCGGUAUACUACUGUGACCGCUUGAAUUGAGAAGAUUAAUGGAGCACCUUUGCACGGGGGAGGAGAGCGUGGGUGUGCUAGUGUGUGCUGGUCUGGGCGGUCCCGAGUUUGGACGGGGCGGCACGCUCCUGGGUACUGACAACGUGUGUAAGCAAACUAACACGACACCACCACACCAACACACUUAUACAUGGUUGAAGCGCCGCACGUGCGCUCGUCUAUCGAAACACCCUGGCACUGCCUGGCAGGGCGGGAAGAGAGCUCAUGAUCUUUCCCCAUGAAUCCAUGAUGAUGUGUAUGUUACAGGAUUGGAAGUGCGUGUGCAUUCUUUAUCCACGUAACCAGCAGA